UAAGCCUCCGAGUUUCAUACCACGUGGUUUUGGUGCCGGUUGUGACAAAUUAAUACAAAUUAGUACGUCACGAUUUAGCUCCGCGUGCACGCUGGCUGGCUGUCGGUGCAAGAUGGCAAGGCAAUUGACGGACCGGAUUUUAGAGUAUCUCGCCGCGCAUGGCGAAACGACCUCGUUGGAUUUGGCGGACGAGUUUCAGGAGGACCAUCAGAGGAUCGUGGGCGCGAUCAAGAGCCUCGAGACGGUCGACGACUUAAUCGCGGCGAAACCGAUUUCCAAGAAGAGAUGGGAGCUUACCGACGAGGGGAAGUACGUUAUAGAACGCGGCAGCCACGAGGCGGUCGUCUACAACGCCGUUCCCGACGACGGGAUACCUCAGGCGAAGCUCGUCAAGUCCAGCCCCUACGCCAAAGUGGGCUUUUCCAAGGCGAUGGUCGCUGGGUGGAUCGAGCUCGACAAGAGCGGAGACGUCCCUAUGGUAAGAAAGAAGGUACCGUCCAUUGAAGACGUCACGCGGACACACCUGAAGAAUCUCACGAGUGUCCCGGAAAACGUUAAGGCAGAGUACAAGAAGAGGAAGCUUUUGCAAGAGGUGGUGAUUAAAAGUAUGCAUCUCGAGAAGGGGCCAAACUUUUCCACAAAAGUAGACAAGCUGGAAGCAGACCUGACGUCGGAUCUGCUGGUAAGUGGCGCGUGGAAGGACAAGAAGUUCAAACCGUACAACUUUGAGGCUCUAGGCGCGUCGCUUCAAAUCGGCCACUUACAUCCAUUGUUAAAAGUUCGCCAAGAAUUCAGGAAGAUCUUCGUGGAGAUGGGAUUUACGGAAAUGCCGACGAAUAAUUACGUGGAAAGUUCUUUCUGGAAUUUCGACGCUCUCUUCCAGCCGCAGCAACAUCCUGCUCGUGAUGCGCACGACACCUUCUUCAUCUCUGAACCACGUACUAGCACCAAGUUCCCCAUGGAGUAUCUCGAAAAAGUGAAGACCGUUCACAGCAAAGGAGCGUACGGAUCUCAGGGUUACAGGUACGACUGGAAGUUGGAGGAGGCACAGAAAAACUUGCUGCGCACUCAUACGACGUCCAACAGCGCGCGGAUGUUGUAUAAACUCAUGCAGGAGGGAGAGUUUAAGCCGGUCAAGUACUUCAGUAUUGAUAAAGUAUUCCGCAAUGAGACUCUAGAUGCGACGCAUCUUGCCGAGUUUCAUCAAGUCGAAGGUGUCAUUGCCGAUUACAACCUUACGCUGGGCAAUCUCAUCGGUGUUUUAUACGAAUUCUUCAGCAAGCUGGGCAUCACUCAGCUUCAGUUCAAACCUGCGUAUAAUCCGUACACCGAGCCGAGCAUGGAAAUAUUCUGUUUCCAUAAUGGUCUGAACAAGUGGAUAGAGAUUGGCAACAGCGGUAUGUUCAGGCCUGAAAUGAUAUUGCCGAUGAAUCUGCCGCCUGAUGUAAAUGUCAUUGCAUGGGGCUUGUCGUUAGAAAGACCAACAAUGAUUAAAUACGGCUUGAACAAUAUACGGGAUCUGGUUGGGCCAAAGGUGGACAUGGAAAUGGUUCAUAAUAAUCCUCUAUGUCGAUUAGAGAAAACUAGUCGAAUGACUCGCUUACAAUGGAAAACUCAACACCAGGAAGAAAAGACGGAACACCCUUCAGAAAAGUCAAAAUUUGUUAAGCAGCAGCUUGUUAUCUUUUGCGAUCCACGGCAUCCAAUUAAUUUCAUCAGACAUCUCUUGUAUUUCCUAUCGCCGUGCCUGCGUCUUUCUACAUCAACGUACGUUCAUUCUACGGUGACAAACGCAUUGCCUAAAGAGCUCGCUACCCACGGCCUGUUCCAAUUUCCGCCCCGUCCCGAUAAGAAUGCAAAACUGGACAUAUCUUUAACUUUGAUUUGGAAGCCAAUUGGACUCGAUCCCAUUAUGGUGUUGCCGGGAAUGCACAAGAUUUUGGGGGUAAUAAAUAUAGCACGGUAUCUGAACCGCCUGGUCGAACAGGUCGACGCGAACAUAUUGAAGUACGAAACAAACGGCCCGCUUUACGCGAGUAAAAUAGAUUUUUACUUGGAUGAGAUACAUCGUUUUAUACACGGCACGAACCCUGACGAGCCGCUGAGAAUACGCUGCGAGCAACGUUACGUUAUGGGAGAGUAUAUCUCGAUAAUUGACAUUUUCAUUAAAUCUCAGAGUAAAUUUCCCGUUGAGCUACUUUAUUAAAUCUUAUUUAUUUUGUAAAUAACAAUAAACUAAUAUUUAAAUGGAACUUUGUAUGUAUCUUGUUACGUAUACAUUAUAAAUUUUUGUAGCUCGUUUGUAAUACAAAUUGCGAGAAGGUCGAGAAAAUGGAAGUGGACAAACCCAUGACGUCAAUAAAAGACAAUUUUAUACAAUUGAAAAUUA